UUUGUUGAAGACAAAACAUUUGUCUUCAUUUGAAUUAUUUUGGUCAAUAAUCGCCAAGAAAAUUUAGUUUUAUUAUUAAUUAGAGUUGUUUCAUCAAAAAAUAAUUUAAAAAUCGUUCUUCCAAGUAAAUCGUGAACCAGAACCAAAUGCUGUUGGAACCAAAUGGAUGGUAGUGUAAACAUUUUGAUAACAUAACAUUCGCAUGAAAUUUGCUGUUGGUCGAUAUUAGCACAUAAAAGGUGUUGAAUCUCAUGUUCAACAAAACCAUGUGUCUGAAGAAACGGCAAAUUGAAACUGUGUUAAUUUGUUCAUCAUUAUGAAUGUGUACAGAAUUAAGAAGUGGAAAUAGUCCAUAAAUUGUAUUAUUUAUCCAGAUUGGUCGAGCGCGCGCCACUUUUGUAUUCAUGUUUGGUUGUAGGAGUUGAAAAGGAUGCGGAUGCGGAGGAGGAGAAGGAGGACGAAAGAAAGAAAGUGAAGCCUUAGGUACAGUUUUGUUUAAAAGGCGAUCUUAUUACCCUCCUUCAUCACAGUAUUUUCCCUCUCUUUCCUCAUCCUUCUUACCAUCUUUUUUACCUUUACAUCUUUAGCAACCUAUUAAUGAUUGACGCUAUUGGACCUUUAGACAGAUGUUGAAUACCAGCAGACGAGGGGUCUCCCUCGCGUCUAGAAAGAGAGGAAGAAAGAGGGAAUGAAAAGGUAAAACACCUCUUUCUCUCUUCUAUGGUCUACCUCUCGCCCUCUGUCUGUCUCUCUCUCUUUCUCUCUCUCCCCCUUAGAUGAUUAUUACAAAUUUUGACCAUUUCAAAUGGUCAAAAUUUAUUUUUAAUUUUGUGACCAUCAUCGAAACAUCAAUAACACUAAAUACUGAAGAGUUACUCCAAAUAUUUAUAACCAAUGGCCACGAAAACAUUUGAGACAACAUGUGAACCCGUUUACCAUCCAUUAGUUUUGGUAGACACCAAUGGAUCUUAUGUUAAAUCAUCAAACCCUGCGAUAAACUCAUCAUCUUCAUCAACUGAAAUUAUUCUGGUUAAAUGUCGACCUGAUUCCACUUCAUCUACUUUUAUCAACUUUAAAUGUGAAAAUAGUUCCUCAUGUGAAUCAUCUUCUUCCUCUUCCCCCUCAUCCUUUUCAUCUACGGUAUCAAUCAACAAACGAAAUGAACGGGAAAGGAAUCGAGUUAAACUGGUUAACAUUGGAUUUCAAACACUUCGCCAACAUAUUCCUGAUGGGUGUAAAAGUAAAAUGUCAAAAGUAGAAACCUUGAGGUCAGCGGUUAAAUACAUUAGAUUUCUUGAAUCGGUUCUUGACGAUGAUGCCCAGUCAACUACCGAUGGCCAAGUUUCAUCUUCAACCAAUUCUUUGUGCCUCGAAAAUUUGGAAAAUUGUAUCUUUUUUCAAUGAAAUUUUACUUUUUUAUUUA